AUGCUAGAUUUAAUCCAAUUUUCUUCAGUCUGGAAGAGACCCUCCUCUGUGAUUGUUAGUGCGUGGAAGUAUAGAUAUCCAAAGAAGAUAAAAAGCUACUCUCUUCUUAAAGCCCUUCUGGCAGCUUGGGGACUAAAUGUCAUUCCGCAGGGAAAAUCACACGGCUCAUUUCACGAUCUGAAUGAGCCUUUGGUGCUUCAGAAUAGUCGUUGGGCUAAUCUCCCACCGGAACUUCUUUUUGAUGUAAUAAGAAGGUUGGAAGAGAGUGAGAGUGAAUGGCCCUCUCGGAAGCAUGUAGUUGCUUGUGCUGCCGUUUGUAGGUCAUGGAGGAGCAUGUGCAAGGAAAUUGUUAAAUGUCCGGAAUUUUGUGGGAAACUCACAUUUCCAGUUUCUUUAAAGCAGCCAGGGCCGCGUGAUGGAACUAUUCAGUGCUUCAUAAAGAGGGAUACGUCUAAUUUAACAUACCGCCUUUUCUUGUGUCUUAGUCCUGCUUUGCUGGUUGAAAAUGGGAAAUUCCUUCUCUCUGCAAAAAGAACUCGUAGGACUACUUGUACAGAGUACGUUAUCUCAAUGGAUGCAGAUAACAUUUCUAGAUCGAGCAGCACCUAUAUUGGAAAACUAAGAUCAAAUUUUCUCGGUACAAAAUUUAUAAUAUAUGACACACAGCCUCCACAUGCUAGUUCACAGACCUCUCCACCUGGUCGAACAAGCCGUCGGUUCAAUUCCAAGAAAGUAUCUCCAAAAGUACCAAGUGGCAACUACGACAUAGCUCAAAUCAAAUAUGAACUGAAUGUGCUCGGGACACGUGGUCCACGCAGGAUGCACUGCAUAAUGCAUUCGAUUCCCGUCUCAGCCCUCGAGCCUAAUGGUGUAGUGCCUGGACAGCCAGAGCUUCUUCCAAGGCCCCUUGAGGACUCGUUUCGGAGCAUCUCUUUCUCAAAAUCCCUUGAUCACUCAACCGAGUUCAGCAGCUCCCGAUUUUCUGAUAUUGUAGGGUCAUCCAACGAGGACGUUGAUGGUAAAACGAGACCAUUGGUUCUGAAAAACAAGGCGCCCAGAUGGCAUGAACAAUUACAAUGCUGGUGCCUCAAUUUUCGAGGACGGGUGACUGUUGCAUCUGUCAAGAAUUUCCAGUUGGUUGCUGCUACACUACCAGUCGCACCAACGUCAUCUCAGCCAGUGCAGUCGGACCAUGAUAAAAUCAUUCUCCAAUUUGGUAAGGUCAGUAAAGAUAUGUUCACCAUGGAUUAUCGAUAUCCCCUGUCUGCUUUUCAGGCUUUCGCAAUCUGCUUAAGCAGUUUCGACACCAAAUUGGCUUGUGAAUAG